UCCAAAUAUCCAAAACACGAAUGUUUGAUUUGCGUAAGGAAACAAAACGCCUCUUUACAUUGAGGUGACUGCGCUCUCCCAAGUCCUGCCUCAAUCAGGAAACCAAAGAGAGCUGCACACAGAAGCUCACUUGAGUGGAGCAUCAGAAGAGGAGGUGCACGCUGCACACCGGCUGCGACGCACAUCGGCUUCGUUUUUACGCGGGGAGGCGCAACAUCAUCUGUCCACAGAAACGAGACGAAAUGAUCUGCCUCAGCUUUUGAAACCUGAUUGCGCCAACAGGGUCUUUCCGUUUUAUUGUGGAUUAACUUUGCGGACGAUGCGGUCAGUGGAGCGAAAAAUGAGCGUAACUCUCGGCUCCCGUGGAUGAUGAUGUCCCACAAUGAACACAGAUUUCCAAAAUCCGCUGCAAGUCCCUCGACCGAAGGUCCGAAGUCAUUUGACCAUCAGAGUGCAGUCCAAGCUGAUGCCAAGGCCUUGUCCCCCUGUGCAUGGGUCAAAACCUCCCGUCGCCCCCAAACCCAAAGGCUUCCAUGUGUUUGUGCCACAGGGGGAGCAAUGCGAGAGUCUCACUAAUGGAGACCUGCUUCAUUCUAACGAGGAAUCGGAUCUUAAUGAGACGGCUGAUAAAAAACAGGACAAUGAGGGAAAAACCGAGAUAGAGGAAGAAGUGAGUGAUAGCGAAACUGAUAGUGGGGAAAUAUUUAAUAAUAACAACGAUAAUGACAUUGAGAGCAUUGGCUCUGAAGACACAGUUAGAGCAGAUGAAGGUUCAACUGCAGACACCACCGACGAUGAGAAUCCUGACGAUGACCCGACUCAACCGGACGGUGGCCAAAGCAAAGUUACUCUUUUGUCUCCUGCGAAUGAAAACCUGGAGGAGGAAGAAAGCAACGAUCAAGAGUUGAGUGCAAAGCUUGAGACAAACUGUGUUAAAGUUAACUUGCCCUCAGAUAACACGCUCGAAAUUGGAAGAUUUGGAUUCGGGUUCCGCACGCUCCCGACUGUCACCGAAGAGUAUCCCUACGAUGUGAUUGGCCCUGCAGAUGACACCAGCGAUACAUGUGAGUCAUGUGACCCGGCUGAAAAUGGUGAUGCCGAAGUAUGGCAACCGGAACGGGCCACCAAAGAUGUCUCUGGAUGCUUCCGUUUCACGUCCAGCACCGAGGAUGCCUUUGGCCCGUAUUCUGUCAUCGAGUCUGUUCCGCCAAAUCAAACUUGCACCGCUGACCCUGAGUGGGCCGAGGAUGAAACUGACGAAAAUCAAUCGAAUGUUCAGCAAACAUCCGAGACUUCCAACCCGGAGCCUUUCUACGUGUCGUCGGAUGACGUGGACCAACUGGAAGAUAAGCAAGCCCUCGCUGAUCAGGAUGAGGUUGAGGACGAAGCUGAACGCUGCGAUCAGCAUAAAGACAAAGCAAAGGACGCUGAGUCAGCAGAUGAGUACGCAGACAUUGAGGAGUCUUCCUGUCCGAAAGCUGAUGACUUUGAGCAGUUGGAAUGUGCCUCGUCGGAAGAUUAUGUGGAGAUAGGUGACGAGGACGAAGAGGAACAGCCAGAGAAGAAACAAGUGAAGGGGAAAAGCGUCAAAGAAAGAACGGCUCAACGGGAACAGGCCUUUCUCAGCCAACGAAGAAGCUGCCAGCCUCGUCUCAGGUUAUGCAACAUCACUGUGCCAAAAGAUUUGGACCUGGGCCGCACCCCGGAGCUCACCAACAGGGUAGUCUUUGCUCACACCACCGAGGCGUUUGAAGAAGACAUCGAGGAACUGGAUUGUCACAUUGUGCCUUUCUACGAGGACACCGACUCGGACAGCGAAGAGCAUAUUUACGAGGAGGCUGGCUUUGACUCUGAGGGCGAGAACUUUUUGAACCUAGAGAAGAAGACCAUCGUGUCACGUUCUCGCUCUUAUUCUGGUAAAGUGCCGGGUUACGUCCCAGAGACUGUGCCGGAAGAAACCACCACCGAGUACCAAACGCAUGACUAUUACACCGUAUCCUUGGAGACCAACAAUGAACCAAUCAGCCAGUCCCAAACACCUCAAGACAAUUGCUCAGUCCCAGCUACAAAAUCCCGUCAGUUCCUUUUGCACUCUCGCUCAGCGGGGACUCAAGAAUUGUCCUUGGCUGAACAAACAAUAAUUGAUGAGAUUAGGAGCAAGAGGAAAGAUGACACGCUUUCGCUUCCAUGUGUCAUGAGCUCUUCUGGAAGUUUCUCCCAACGUAGUCACCAAUCAUCCAGCGGCGUUUCUACGCCAACCUCUCUGGUGGACAUUCCUCCACCCUUUGAACUCGCCUACAUCACCAAGAGACCGGUAACUAAGAGUUCACCUUCCCUUUUGAUCCAGCAUGAUCCCGAUGACAAAGUUAAGAAGAAGAAAAUCUCCUUUAAACGCUUUCUGGCUCUCAAGUUCAAGAGGAAGACGGAUUCGAAAGGUUUUACUGACGGUUCUGUCCGUUCCUCUCGCUCUUCUUCUGAGUCCAGCCAUCACGGCCCCACACGAGUCAUAGAUCUGGACCGUAGAAGCACCUCCAGCUCCCCUCAGCUCCAGUCUUUGAUUGUAAACCCCCAGCGGUCUCCCUCAGAACCGCCAUCCGCAUUUGUCUUCUACAAAGAUCACCAGAGAAGGAAAGGUCAUCUCAAAGCUUACGGAAGAGGCGUUUCCAGAGUGGAGUCUUUCGAGGAACGCUCCUAUCGCUCCGCCAUGCCGCUGCCUUUAACCAAACCCCGCUCAAUCUCCUUCCCCAGUGCCGACACCUCCGACUAUGAAAACAUUCCUGCUAUGAGUUCAGACUAUGAGAACAUCCAAAUUCCAGGCAGGCCCGCCAGAUCGCACACUGUAACCGAGUUUUUCGAAGAUCCAAAUCGCAUGACAGCUCCUUGCAAUGAGAACGACGGAUACGUCGACAUGAAUAGUUUCCCCGGGAUAGACAACAAACCGGCAAAAGCAGACGCUGAAAGUGCCUACACAGAACCUUUCCCGCUGAGCUCAGUCUCUGCUGGGUCAGCUGAGGAGGACCAUGGACGUACCUCGGAAGAGGAAGAAGGGACUGCUGAGCAAAACCUUGAUCGACAGACCGAUGGGCGAUCCCGAGCGUUCUAUGUCGCCAAGGAGCUCGUCGAUUCGGAACGACUACAUGUCCGUGCCCUCAAGUACCUUCAAGAGGACUUCAGGCCAGCAGUGGCCGAAACCGUGGCCGAGGACGGGGGUCCGCUUCUGGACCAUCAGACGUUGGAGGAGAUAUUAGGUGUUCUUCCGCAGGUCUUAACUCUCCACAGUGACAUUCUCACUGAGCUGGAGGAGCAUAUUGAUCAUUGGGAGGAAGGCCAGAAAGUGGCGGAUGUGAUCCUAUCUCGUCGUGAAGACUUCAAGGUGUUUGAUACUUUCAUCUCUGAGUACGAUCGCAGCAUGUCUCUACUGGAGGCAAGCUGCAAGGUCAACCCAGCCUUUGCCAGCACUGUCAAGAAAUUUGAGAGGAAAAGUCCCGAGGAUGCUGAAGUGCCACUGAAGCAUCAACUGCUGCAGGUCAUCGUGAGAGUGCUGCAAUAUCGCAUGCUACUGACAGAUUACCUAAACAACCUCUCACCUGAUUCUAAAGAAUAUGAGGACACACAAGCUGCCUUGGUGAUUGUGUCAGAAGUGGCGGACCAAGCCAAUGAUAAUCUAAAACAGGGGGAGAACUUGCUGCGUAUGGUCCACAUCGAAUACAGCAUGAAAGGCAAGAGGGACCUUCUCAAGGCUGGCAGGAUGUUUGUCAAAGAGGGAACGCUCAUGAAGGUCGCGAGAAAAAGCCGACAGCCAAGACAUCUUUUUCUGAUGAAUGAUAUCAUGCUGUACACCUACCCGCAGCAGGAUGGCAAAUACAGGGUUAAGAACACAUUAUCCCUGUCUGGAAUGAAGGUGAGCAAACCUGUUCUUGACAACGUGCUGAACUGCCUUAAGAUCGAAAUGUCCGAUAUUACCAUCACGCUCUCUGCCAGCUCAGUCGGAGAGAGGGAGGAUUGGUUCCACACGUUGAGUCGAGCCAUUGCCGACCACGCUGCGGGGCUCUGUACAUUCGGGGGACCCUGUAAUGAGGCCCGUGAGAAGCUGUGGAUGGCCUUGGGUGAAGCUGCUCCAGUUCUGGUGCCAGUGUCUCAUGUGAUGAUGUGCAUGAACUGCACCUCUGACUUCAGCCUCACUCUUCGACGACACCAUUGCAAUGCCUGUGGCAAGGUAGUGUGCCGAGCUUGUUCUAGGAAUAGAUAUCCGCUCAAGUACCUCAAAGACAGGGUGGCCAAAGUGUGUGACCACUGCUAUGCCGAGCUCAGGAAAAGAGGGGGCAGUAUGUCAGGGGCAUGCGGCAACUCGAGUCCGCCGACUCAUCGGACCAGUCGCCCCCUCUCUGCUGUCUUCCAAAGCUUGCAGACGCAGAGUCUUUGGAAGAGCAGGAAAAGCACAAUAUCCCUCAAUCAGUUGCCUGUUGGGGUGGAGGGCUCCACCAUGAGCGGCAUCUUACAGCGUCGAAAGAAGAGCAAGAGGAAAUGGAAGCGGCUGUGGUUCCUCCUCAAAGACAAGGUGCUCUACACCUUCACAGCCUGUGAGGAUAAAGUGGCCUCCGAGAGUCUCCCUCUGCAAAGCUUCACCGUCAAGCUGACCGAGAGGCCCGAGGGAGUUGAGGGUAGCAACGUGUUCCAGCUCUACCACAAGAAAACUCUGUACUACACCUUCAGGGCUGAUGAUCAUCACACAGCACGCAGAUGGGUCAACGCCAUUGAGGAGGCUACAGUUUUAUAGCAGCGGUUAAGGAUCAAAACAAACCAUUCUGACAAUGGACUGUCGCUAGAACCUGAUUGAUUUGUCUUGUCAUCUUCAUCCAUAUCUACUGUCAUGGAAGAGAGACCACGUCGAAAAGAGUCGCACUGGUAAGGAGGUCAAAACGAGAGCACACUUUGCGUUUCCUCAAUGUGCCAAGUCUUCGCUUGAGUGUCACGAGCAGCUAGGACGACGUAAGAUCUUAUUCACAUUUUUCCCUCGGAGAACUAAAACAGUUUUAUCUCCGUCUGUCCACUUGACUUCUAUUUUUCUACCUUUGCAAGUGGAUGUACUGUGGUGUCACUGCAAAAAGAAUGUCAAUCCAUUUUCUUAAAAGCCUCAAUUGUUGGCAGCAGCUAAAACAACAACAAAAAAGGGGGCGGAGCCAUUCGCUAGUGUCAAGUAAAGCUUAUAUAUUGUGAAGUAGGCCAUACAUCUAGACUGUAUGUAGUGACUGGUCCUCAGCAGCAGUUCUGUAAUAAUGAACAUAUUUUGCAUUUGUAGGUUUUUGAAAUUAUGGAAAUGUUAAUCAAGUGCCAGUUUAUUUCCUCCUGUUACAUUCAGUGCAAUUUGCGUUUAAUGAUAAAUGUGCCUGAUAUGGAAUUAGAAUUGUUACAAUGUUAGACAAUACUGUACUACUCUUAUGUCAACAGAAGAAUUGUGCUUUUUUUCUAUCUGCUCUUAUAGCUUUCAACUCUUUUGUAUUUUUACGGUGUUCAAUUAUAGCAGAGGUAAAUUAUGAAUAUACUAUUGUGCCAUUUUAGCGUUGUAAAUAUACUGCUGGUUUGAAUCUGACUUGAUUUACAUGACAGAAUCUGCCAAUGACGAAAUCUGAAGUUUCACACUUCCUCAUAGUUCUUCCUCUAAAAGUUCUAAAUUUAAAUGUAUUAAUGCAAGCUAAAAAAUGUCACAUUUGUAUGACAUUUUAUUCUAAACAUGAAUUUGCUUACAACAUCAUAUUGUGAACUAUUUAUUAUCUCAAAGUACAACUUAAAAAAAAGAAAACUCAAGUCCAAAUGAAGCGUAACUGUGAUAUUUGAACAUUUAUCAUUCAUUUCAUUUUUUUGCCAGACCGUAAGUGUUACAUAAAAUUGUACCUCUUGCAUACAGUGCGUUGUAAAUGUAAAUGUGUAUGUAUAUAGAUGCAUAUUAAAAUAAACUCUCCAAAAUAUG